GUUUUAGUUUUCAUUUGCCGCGUUAGACUUUACAUGUGUUUGUUAUAAUUGCAUACAAGUUUUGUUUAUAAACUAUUGCAGAAAACAAUAAAUCUUUUUUUUUUAAUUAAAAUAUUGAGAAAAUUGUCAUAAACUAUUGUUAAAUGUAACAAUAAUUCGUACGUUUCGUUAGUUUUCUUAAAUACGGGAGUGUAAGAAAAAAGUUUUUUGACGCCUGUUUUGUGAAAAAAAAAAAUUGGAAAAAAGUGGACAUUUUUUUUACGUAUAGGCGUGCGUGUUUUUCGUUUUCGUAUCGGGGUUACGGUAAACAUUUUUUGUGCCGGUAAAAUGUCGGUUCUAUUGGCAGAUAUUGAUGCAACCUGUGCCGCUUUAGGUUACUCCGAUGGCCAACGGUAUCAGGCUGAGCCAGAUGCCAUACAAGGUUUAAAGCAUCUCAUUUGGAUUUUACGUCGUGAUUUGGAUAAUCAUGAGUAUCGUCGCCAUUUGGGUCGUGCCAAAGUCUUGCAAACAGAUUUAGUUUAUAUGCUGCCUGACUAUGUUGACGAUGAUGAAUAUGCCGAUGUACUCAUACGUCUUUUGGUCAUAUUAACAAAUCCCACAUUGUUGUUGUAUCGUGAUGGGCCACCCAAGGAUAAUCAUGGUCGCAAGGUUUUUCUUGAGCUCAUUGAUAUUCUGCAGGGCUAUAAGAAUGCCUUUACACGUGAUAAGAUAUGGUCGGCACUGUUUGGCAAAUUAAAGAAAUCAUUAGAAAUCGAUUGGGCACUACGUAGUGAAGAACAGAGUCUUUUAAUUGAACGUAUUUUGGUUUUGAUACGAAACGUGCUUCAAGUGCCAGCAAAUCCUGAGGCUGAAUGUCGUGCCGAUAAUGAUGCCAGUGUACAUGAUCAGGUUAUUUGGGCAUUGCAUCAGUCAGGCAUUUUGGAUUUGGUAUUGUUCAUAAUUUCAUCGUCGGAUGAGAAUCAAUUUCAUUUGCAUUGUUUGGAAAUUGUUUGUCUGCUGUAUCGAGAACAGACAGCAGAAAAUCUAGCAGAUGCCUCAUUGCAACGCAGUGUCAGUGAAAAACAACGUGACGAACAAGAACUAUUAGCAGCUAGACGACGUGAAAAACAACGUCUGGCGUCAAAGCCGGCUGCCGGUAGACAUUCACGUUUUGGUGGCACGUUUGUAAUACGUAAUCUUAAAUCUGUCUCGGAUCGGGAUAUAAUCUGCCAUCAACCGUUGGAACGUGUUACAUCGAUUGAUUUUGAUCGAGAAAAACAGCAACAGAAACGUUCACAUCGUCAUAUACGUGAAGAGGGCCAAAUAACGCGUCGUAGUGCAUUUUCCGUACGUUUGUGUUUACGUGAGUAUUGUAUUGAAAUCUUGCGUUCGGCAUACAAUACAUUAGUACGUCAAGUGAGACGUGUAUUGGAACGUAAUUCUGGAUCAACCAGUCAUGAUGAUUCGUACUUAUUGUGGGUCAUACGUUUCUUUAUGGAAUUCAAUCGUCUAAGUGAUAUGAAAUUGGAAUUAGUAAGCGAAUCAUUGAGCGUUCAGUGCUUUCAUUGGGUUCUAACACGUAUGCAACAUGAUAUGGACAUGAUUGUUAGCGACAAGAAACAAGCUCGUCUUUGGGCCAAACGUUUACAUGUUGCUUUACUGACAUUCCGUGAAUUGCUUCAUAGUAUGUUGGCAUUACAAAAACUUCAAGAUGACAAUGCUCGAGCACUGUUCGAUAUGUUAUUGAACAAUGUCUGUUAUGUCCUGGAAUAUCGAGAGACAAUAUUGCAUCUGUUAAUGAACUACAAUGAGGCGCACAGUACCAAAGCCUAUUUGCGUGACGUAGUUGAAACUGCUAAUAUUUUCAUUAAAAUGAUGGAGAAAUUUUGCAAAGAUUCCGUGGUUGUUCAAGACAAGAAACGCACCAAAAAACGUUCUAACAAAAAAUCUAAAAAAUCUGAGAAACCCGUUCAAGAAACUGAAGAAGAACUAUCGAAUCGUUGGGCAGAAAUGGCUGCUGAAGUUUCACAUGUUUUGUCGAAUGAAUUGCAAUUGGCAGAAGAAGAUCAACCCAUACCAUUUGAUUCGGCAUCAGAUGUACCAAUUGAUGAUCAAAAGGAAGAUUGUAUGAUAAGGAUUCACAAAAUGUUGCGCACUGGUAAAUUGGAACAUGCCGUUGCAUUAAUGCGUGCUGCCAG